UGAAGCUCCCAGUACCCGCACAGAGGAUCACGAAUUGGCUAACUUCAUGCAUUCAGAUGUGCUCCCAGUUGGCACGGGCCAGUCACCCCCACUGCUCAGGGCACAUUCAACCAGAGCGCAAGCCUCUUCCGCAGCCUUCCUCGCCGACGUACCAGUCUAGGAGCUCUGCAAAGCCGAGAUGUGGUCCGCCGUGCACACUGUGCCAUUACACAACAAGCGAGGGAAGAGGGGGCCCCGAGGUGCUCUAUACAGCAUGUCGUGUGUGUGCCACUCUAGGGGGCAUGUGAACCAGCUCCCCUGUGGAUACUGCUAAGGGACAAUCUUCCGGCACCAGUGCAUGUGGCGAGCACACACACCUACACUGAAUGGACGUGAGCGGCACAUCUCAAAGAACAACAGGCUUUCUUUGUUCUGCACGUCUCUGAUCUCUGCUUUGGAAAUUACGUUCAAAGCCAGCUGGGUGCAGAGAUGCAUCCCAACCUGCGCCGAGACGCACCUUUCUCAUGUCUUGGCCCCCACGGGCUUCCUGUUUUCUGAUGCCAAGACGGACUUCAGCCUGGCAGACGGCUGCGGAAUACCUGACGUCACGGACGAACAGAAUUGUAGACCUGAGAUGAUGGUCGUCCCCACAGCUCUCUUGGAAGAGCGCCAACAGCAAACAGACCCUGCGGCUGAAAAGAAAAAUGCCCUGAUGUCAAACUUCGUCCCCCGCUCCUAUGGCUCAAACAUCCCCAAUGACAGAUCAGCCCUGCCAAGGAGACUCAGUAUGGUGGAGCAGACCAGCGCAGGGGCGGUGGUACCCAUCAAGCACCGGCCCAGCGUCUCGAUCAACACCGAAGAUCUGCCCAGGUACCGCCGGGCGUCGCGCAAUGAUCCCCUGCCUCCUCUCCGGGACAUCAACACCCGGUGGUACCCACGGCACGCGCUCAGCGUGCCCAACAUCCCCACCUCAGCCCGAAAGAAAACGCCUACCCGGAGCUUCGUAUCGGUGCCCCCCUCGGAGAAACCUCAGACCCGGCGUUGCAAGCUGAUCCACGAUGAUCGGCUGUUCACCACCGCCAACAAGCAGCAGCGGCAGCGCUACGUGACCAAAAUGGGCAAGUGCCAGGUCAAUCUAGGCCGCAUCCAUGAAAAGAAGAGGUUCCUGUCUGACAUUUUCACCACCAUUGUGGACCUCAAGUACCGCUGGUUCCUCUUCGUCUUCAUGAUGUGCUACAUCAUCACGUGGGUGGUCUUCGGCAUCAUCUACUUCUUCGACGCCUGGGUCCGGGAUGACGUCAACCACAUAGGAGACCCGGAGUGGAAGCCUUGCAUCGAGAAUGUGGACAAUUUCAUAUCUGCCUUACUCUUCUCCGUGGAAAGUCAACGGACCAUUGGGUAUGGUUCCCGGAUUGUGACAGCCAAUUGCACCGAGGGCGUCAUCUUGCUGAUGGCUCAGUCCAUCGUUGGCUCCAUGAUAGACGCUCUCAUGGUGGGGUGCAUGUUCGUCAAGAUCUCCAGGCCCAAGAAGCGUGCCCAGACCUUAAUAUUCAGCAAGAAGUGCGUCAUCUCCCACCGGGAUGAGAAACUCUGCCUGAUGUUCCGCAUCGGAGACCUCCGGGACAGCCACAUGGUGGACGCGAAAAUAAGGGCCAAACUCAUCAAAUCUCGGCAAACCAAGGAAGGGGAGUUCAUCCCCUUGGAGCAGUCGGAGCUGAACCUGGGCUAUGACACGGGGGAGGACAGGCUGUUCCUGGUGGAGCCGCAAAUCAUCUGCCAUGUCAUCAGCGAACACAGCCCCUUCUGGGAAAUGACGGCGGAGUCGCUGAAGAGGGAGCAGUUUGAGAUCAUCGUGAUCCUGGAGGGGAUCGUGGAAGCCACAGGAAUGACAUGCCAAGCCCGCACAUCGUACACGGAGGACGAGAUCCUUUGGGGACACCGCUUCGAGCCCUGCAUGACCCUGGAGAAAGGCGCCUUCCGGGUAGACUACAGCAGGUUCGAGAAGACGUUUGAGGUGCAGACCCCAGCAGCCAGCGCCAGGGAGAUGCACGAACUGAAGGAGAUGGCACAUCAGGACCAGUCCACCCUGAGCUUAUAUUGGGACCACUUGGUGCACCCCUGCUUGUCCGCGGAGCUGAAUGACGUCCUGCUGGACGAGUGCCCCGGGGAGGAAAUCCUGGCUAGACUGGAUGCCUCUAACAUUCUAGAGGAGGAGAAGAGUGCUGAGUUCCAGACCCAGCUCAGUGUCUGAGCUCCCCCCAGAACAGAGGGACUGGAGGUGCCUCUGUGGGUAUCUUGUCUGCCCCAAGGAACAGGGCUGCAACUUUGCAUCCUGAAACAUCCCUGGGGCAAGGUGCAUGGCUGCUCUCCAGCCAACCUGAACGUGCAUUGAAGUUUCCUCCAGUUAGCUCUGGGGUGGAGCCGUUCUUGUGCUGCAUCUCUACAAUAUAGGCACUUAAUGCUACCUUGGGGAUGGGGGAGUAGCUGGGGCUGGGGCCAUG